GUCACAAACAGGAAAACGAUGUGAUUGGGUCUUUCUUGACUGAAACUGUCAUAGUUGGAGAAGGAAAAAGUCGUUGUCAACCUGGAAAUUACAAGAUACAAAAUCUAACAACACUGAGAAGAGAAGUUAAAACAAUAAUGCAUAAACAUGUCUUUGUUGGAACUGUACACCAAGUACAACAGAGUGUGGAUACCAGAUGCAGAACAUGUGUGGAAAUCGGCCGAAAUUCUGAAAGACUUUCAUUUUGGGGACAAUAUUCUUGAAUUACUUCUUGAAGAUGGCACUGAGCACCACCUCCCCGUUGACCCGUCGAACCCUCAACUCCCUCCGCUUCGCAACCCGGACAUCUUGGUGGGGGAGAACGACCUCACUGCCCUCAGCUACCUGCACGAACCUGCAGUCCUGCAUAAUCUCAAAGUGCGAUUCGUGGAGUCCAGAAUCAUCUACACCUACUGUGGUAUUAUACUGGUGGCUGUGAAUCCAUACAAACAGCUGCACGUCUAUGGGGAUGCAAUCAUUCACGCCUACUCAGGCCAGAACAUGGGGGACAUGGACCCUCAUAUAUUUGCAGUAGCAGAAGAGGCUUACAAACAGAUGCCCAGAAACCAGAAGAACCAGUCUAUCAUUGUCAGUGGUGAAUCCGGAGCUGGCAAAACCGUGUCUGCUCGGUACGCCAUGAGGUACUUUGCUGUUGUGAGCAAAUCUGGAAGUAAAACUAACGUUGAAGACAAAGUCCUGGCAUCCAAUCCGAUAACCGAGGCAAUUGGAAACGCAAAGACCACCAGGAACGACAACAGCAGUCGUUUUGGGAAAUACACCGAGAUCGGCUUCGACAGGAGGUACCGGAUCAUCGGAGCGAACAUGAGGACCUAUCUCUUAGAGAAAUCCAGAGUCGUCUUCCAGGCCGACAACGAGCGAAACUAUCACAUAUUCUACCAGAUGUGUUCUUGUGCUCACCUGCCAGAAUUCGAGCAUCUGAGACUGUUGGCUGCGGAUGAGUUUGAGUACACCUCAAUGGGCGGAGAUAUCCGUAUCGAAGGUGUAGAUGACAAGAAGGACAUGGAGGAGACCCGACAGACCUUCUCGCUGCUGGGUAAAGAAAAAAUGCCACUUUGUCCGUCAGAAUUAAACUUUCCUUUGGUGUCACGUUUCCGAUGGCUUCCUCUCUCUUCCUCUCCAGGGUUGAAGGAGGACUUUCAGUCGGACGUGUUCAAAGUUUUGGCUGCCAUUUUACAUUUGGGAAAUGUGGAAAUCCGAAACUCUGGAGAUGCACAUUCAUCAGUUCCCCCCGGUGAUCCACACCUGGCGGCCUUCUGUGAGCUGCUGAGCGCGAGUGCAGAAGGGUUGGUCCGGUGGCUGUGCCAUCGGAGGAUCGUUCUGGUGGCUGAGACGGUGGUGAAGCCGGUGCCCAAAGAGCGGGCUGUAAGCGCCAGAGAUGCCCUUGCCAAGCAGAUCUAUGCCCAUUUGUUUGACUGCAUUAUCAAGAGGAUAAACACUGCACUGCAGGUUCCAGGACAGCAGCACGCCUUCAUCGGUGUACUGGACAUUUAUGGCUUUGAAACAUUUGACAUCAACAGCUUUGAACAGUUUUGUAUCAACUAUGCAAAUGAGAAGCUUCAACAGCAGUUUAACUUGCAUGUGUUCAAGCUUGAGCAGGAGGAGUACAUGAGAGAGGACAUACCGUGGACGUUGAUAGACUUCUACGACAAUCAGCCGGUCAUUGACCUGAUUGAGGCCAAGAUGGGGAUCCUGGACUUGCUCGAUGAAGAGUGUUUGUUUCCUCAGGGAACCGAUCAAAGCUGGCUGCAAAAGCUGUUCAACUACCUGGAUGCCAAUCCUCUGUUUGAGAAGCCCAGGCUAUCAAACGAGGCCUUUGUUAUUCAACACUUUGCAGACAAGGUGGAAUAUCAAUGUACAGGUUUUCUUGAAAAGAACAGAGACGCUCUCUAUGAAGAACUGGUUGACAUUUUGCGAGACAGUAAGUUUCCUUUUCUAGCCAACUUCUUCCAAGAGGAGAAGCAAAGCUCUGUGAACAGUAAAGGUAUCAAAGUGAGACCUGCCAGACCUGGAGUGAAAGCAGCUAACAAACAGUUGAGAACCUCAGUGGGAGAUAAGUUCUGCAGCUCCCUCUCUUUACUGAUGGAAACACUGAAUGCUACCACCCCACACUAUGUACGCUGCAUUAAGCCCAAUGACGUAAAGCUCCCGUUUGAAUAUGACUCCAGAAGGGUGGUGCAGCAGUUGCGAGCGUGUGGGGUCCUUGAAACUAUUCGCAUCAGUGCACAGAGCUAUCCAUCCAGGUCAUUCUCUACUACACCUUUUUAUGUCAGCUCAACGAAAUCUCCAUGUGCUCACGUUGUAUUGGCUCACCUGUUUUCUCUUAACAGGUGGACAUACAUUGAGUUUUAUAGCCGUUACAGUAUCCUGAUGUCGAACCAGGAGGCGAUCCUCAGUGACAAGAAACAGACCUGCAAGAACGUCUUGCAGAGGUUAAUUCAGGACCCCAAUCAGUACAAGUUUGGUCGGACAAAGAUCUUUUUCCGAGCCGGUCAAGUGGCUUAUCUAGAGAAGCUGCGUCUGGACCGACUGAGAGGAGCCUGCGCUACAAUCCAGAAACAUGUCCGUGGGUGGUGCCAGAGGAGGAAGUACCUGCGCAUGAGAGCGGCUGCCAUCAUCCUCCAGCAGUACAUCCGGGGAAAGAAGUCAAUUCGCAAAACGGUGAGUGCUGCAGCACUGAAGCAGGGCUGGGCCACGCUGGUGAUCCAGAGAUACUGGAGAGGUUACCGCAUGAAACAGAUUUUCCUGGUGGUCCGUCUGGCUUCCAUCACCAUCCAGGCCUUCACGCGGGGUUGGAUGGCCCGAAAACGGUACAAGAAGAUGAUCGAGGUGCAGAAAGCGCUCAUUCUACAAAAGUAUGCCAGAGCAUGGCUGGCACGGCGGCGUUUUCAAACCAUGCGGCGGCUGGUGAUCAACGUUCAGCUCUCCUUCAGAGUUCAGCAGCUCAGAAAGAAGGUUGAAGAGCAGAACAAAGAGAACCGCGGAUUGAUGGAAAGACUGACACACUUGGCCAGCGCAAACUCUCAUACCGUCGACAGGCUUCAGGGUCUGGAGGCACAGUUGGAAAAAUCCAACAGCCAAAAAGCCUCGGUGGAGGCCAGAGAGAAGAAAGUGAAAGAAGACGCAAGUCUGACAACUGCACAGCUCCAGAAGGAAAUAGACGCAGUAAAGCUCGAAAAGCAGAACUUGGAGAAAAGGUUGGACGUUUCCAUCAAAGAGGCACAAGAGAGCUUCGAUCUGAUAAAGAGGAACCUCCAGGAAGAGAAGGAGUAUGAAGCAAGGUUAAGAAAAAUUGCAGAGAACAACAUUGACAUCCAAACACAGGACCAUGAAAGGGAAGUGGAAUCUCUGAAGGAGGAGAUUAAGAGACUGAAAGAAGAGCGAGUCUCCCUGCAGAGAAAGAUCGAGGAGGGCGGCCAGGUGAACUCCGACCUUCAGGAGCAGCUCGUCCAGCUCACCAAACACGUCAAGGUCAUUCCGGAGCUCCGCAGAGAUCUCAACAAACUGCAAAACCAGAAGAACAGCAUGGACCGAAAGAUGAAGCAACAGUCAGAACAAGCAAGAGCUAAAAUGAACGAUAUUACGAGACAACUUCGUGGUGAUGUUGUAGAGGAGGACGUUGUUUUGGGGCAAACUCCAGACGACUCUGAGGAGAUUGAUGAAGGUGAUGAUUUGCUGGCUUCCUUUGAUGGUCUACAGAAAGCGAUCAGAAUACUAGAAAACCGCCAGAAGGAGCUGAAGGAAAGCCACGAGACACAAGUGGAGGGCUUAAACUUGAAGAUGGACCACCUUCAAAAUGAGAACAGCAAGUUGCAGAACCUGUUCCAGGAGAAAAGUAACCUCAAUGAGAAUAUUCGCCAGGAAGUGGCCAGACUCAGCAGCGAGAACUCAGUUUUACCGGAGCUCAAGCUGCAGGCUUCAGAGCUGCAGAGACAAAAGCAAGAAUUGGAGUCCCACCUAGAGGUGCAGAGCAGAGAGCUAGCAGAAAAAACCGAGGAGAUCACAACCAUUUUUCAAAAGAAGAUUCAAGAAGAAAGCUCCCAACGCCGGCACUUUGAGGAAAAAGCUGAAGAGCUGGAGGAGUUGAAGACGGAGCUUCAAGGCAGAGUGGAGGAUCUGGAAGACGAGACCAAUCAUUUGAAGAGGCAGCUGCUGAUGGAGAGCGAGGCCAAGAACAAACUGAGACAGGAGACUUCACAGUUAACCGCUGAGAAUAUGGACUUUGAAGAGCAGCUCGACCAGAAAGACAGAAUAAUAAAGAAACUGCAGAAUCAGAUAAAGAGCCUUCAAACAUCACAGAAAGCCGAGCAAACGCCCACACCAGCCAUUCCCAAAGAUUACCUCGGAAUGUUGGAGUACAAGAGAGAGGAUGAAUCCAAGCUCAUUCAAAACAUCAUUCUGGACCUGAAGCCCAAAGGUGUGGUGGUCAACGUGAUUCCCGGUCUGCCAGCGUACAUCCUCUUCAUGUGCGUCCGCCAUGCCGACUACUUGAACGAUGAAGUCAAAUUGAAGUCUCUCAUGAGCGGGAUCAUCAGUGCUGUCAAAAAAGUCAUCAUGAGUCAUCGCAAAGACUUUGAGUUGCUGUCGUUUUGGCUCUCAAACACGUAUCAGCUGCUCAACUGUCUGAAACAGUACAGCGGGGAGGAGGAGUUCCUGAAGCAAAAUACUCCUCGACAGAAAAAGAAUUGCUUGCAGAAUUUCGAUUUGUCGGAACACAGACAGAUUUUCAGUGACCUGGCCAUUCAAAUCUACCACCAGUUUGUCUCCGUCAUGGAAAAGACUCUAACUCCAGCAAUUGUACCCGCUUUGUUGGAGCACGAGAGCCUACAGGGGUUUUCUAGCAUGAAGCCGACGGGCUUCAGGAAGCGCUCCAACAGCACCUGCGAGGACUCCGAGACGCACACCAUCUCCUCAAUCGUCCAGCAGCUCAGUGUCUUCCACUCCAUCAUGAGCCAGCAUGGCAUGGAGCCGGGGCUCAUCAACCAGGCCGUCAAGCAAAUGUUCUUCCUGGUCGGUGCGACCACCCUCAACAACAUCAUGCUCCGCAAAGACAUGUGCUCCUGCAGAAAGGGAAUGCAAAUCAGGUGUAACAUCAGUUACCUGGAGGAAUGGCUGAAGGAGAAGGAGCUGCAAAGCUCUCAUGCUAUAGAUACUCUGCAGCCGUUGUCUCAGGCCGCCUGGCUACUGCAAGUCAACAAGUCCACUGACGACGACGCCAAAGAGAUCACUGACAAAUGCACCGAGCUCAACCCUGUUCAGAUUGUGAAAAUUUUAAACUCCUACACGCCCAUUGAUGAUUUUGAGAAAAGGGUGACGUCGUCAUUUGUUCGCAAAGUUCAGUCUUUACUGCAUGAUCGGGACGGGUCCACCUCACAGCUGAUGCUGGACUCAGACUAUCGGUUCCAGGUCACGUUUCCUUACCGCCCGUCCUCGCAGGCUCUGGAGCUGCUGCAGGUCCCGAGCAGCCUUCACCUGGGCUUUCUAACCAGGAUCUGACACAGCCGGCCUUCAACCUCAUGACCGAUGAGCCAGUGGACUACUACUAUAAUAUAUAAAUAUGUAAACACUUUAAAUAGACAAUGAACGAAAUAUAUUUAAAAUAGGGGCCUAAUGGUAUAAUGAUAAUUUGUAAUUGAUAAAUGGCUUCAUUUUGUAUUCAAAUACUUCAUCUGUUCUCAGGUUCUCUGGCUCUGGUGCGAAGAUUUGCUGCUUUUCUCUGCUCUGUGUCAUUGGGUGUAUGAGCCAAUUAAAUACCCAUCAACAUGAAUUCAGUUUUGUCAGUGUGAUUAAAAGUGGAAUCAAUCAAAAUA